UUAAUGGAUCUGAGUAUUGUGUGCUUUCAUGUUUUGUUUUUUUUCUUACUGUUUUAAUUGCUUGUUUCUGUAAGUAUGCAGCUUUGAAUUUCAGUGUGUUGAGCUUGAUUGUGUUCGGUUCUUUUCAGCUAUCAUUUCUGUAAAUGUAAAGAAAAACUGUGAAUCCAUCACUUUGUUACAGUUUCAGUACUUAGUCGAACUCUUUUGAGUUUUAAUACUUGAAGGAUUUUUAUAUUUUCAGUUUUUGAUGUGGGUUUUGUUUCUUCAUUGUUUCAUUCAAGUUUUUGGAGGUGGUUGUAAGUUGUGAUGUUAGAUUUAGUGGGAUUAUAGAGGGAUUAGUUGAGUUGAUGAGUUUCUGAUCUUGGAAUUUGUCAACCUUCACCUGACUUCAACAAUUUGUGCAGGCAUAUUCAUGAGAUGAGCAGCAUGAUGAAUGGGACCGAGGAUAAUAAGAGGUCCAAGGGUCGUCAAGAUUCACCUGCAGCUGAUGAAGUUAAUGGUGGGGGAAUGGUGGGUGGGAUUACUCCUUUGAAGAAAGGCCCAUGGACCUCUGCAGAAGAUGCUAUUUUGAUAGACUAUGUCAAGAAGCAUGGAGAAGGGAAUUGGAAUUCUGUCCAGAAGCACUCAGGGCUCUUCCGAUGUGGAAAAAGCUGCCGUCUGCGAUGGGCGAAUCAUCUACGACCAGAUCUGAAGAAGGGUUCAUUCACUCCAGAGGAAGAGAACCGCAUCAUUGAACUCCAUGCUAAUAUGGGAAACAAAUGGGCUCGAAUGGCUGCAGAGUUGCCUGGAAGGACAGAUAACGAGAUAAAGAACUACUGGAAUACAAGAACAAAGAGACUGCAACGUGCUGGCUUACCACUUUACCCCCCUGAAGUUUGUCUGCGAGCAUAUAAGAUGAAUAAAGAUGGUCAAAAUAUGGGCAAAUUGCAAACAGGGGACGCACAUGAUCCUGAUAUGAUGCUGACUGACCAUUUUAAGAUUCCGGAAGUGGAAUUCAAAACUCUGGCACUCAAUCCAGGUGUCCUGUCUUAUUCAACGGGUCUUUUCGAUGCUUCUGCAAGCAGCAUGCUGAAACAAGGUGUAGGUUCAUCCUAUGGUCAGGGCCUUGUGUUCCCAACAAUUCAUCCUGCCAAACGCUUUAGAGAGUCACAGACCAUAUUCACUGGUCUUGAUGGUAGUGUCAGUGGUGGAAUACCAGAGUUCGAUCAAUUUACAGAUUAUCAUCGCGGAAAGAUUACAGGGAACUUUGGGUUAUCUUCCCCAUAUGGUUGUGAUUUGAGCAACUAUGACCAGUCAUCAUGCGGUGUUCUUCCUGGCAGUCAUGCCAUAUUAAAUGGCAAUUCUUCUUCUUCAUCUUCUUCUGAGCCCAUAUAUAGGGCCACGAAGUUAGAGCUCCCUUCACUCCAAUAUUCAGAAACUCAACAAGAUAGCUGGGGAACACCUGCUUCCCCACUGCCUUCACUUGAGUCUGUUGAUACUUUUAUUCAGUCUCCUCCAACCAAGGAGACAAAGUCAGAUGGUCUGUCACCAAGAAGUAGUGGUCUCUUGGAGGCAGUACUCUAUGAAUCACGAACUCUGAAAUACUCAAAGAAAUGUCCAGGCCACCAAACUUCAGAUGCUUUUGUCCCAAUUGGUUGUGGAGUGCAUAGUUCACCUUUGAAUGCCUGCGCAGCAGAAUGGGAACUACAUGCUGAUCUUAACUCUCCUUCAGGUCAUUCUGCUUCCUCAUUGUUUAGCGAGUGCACCCCGAUCAGUGGAAGCUCGUCGGAUGAACAAGCAUAUAAUGUCAAGCCUGAGCCAAUCGAUCAGGUUUUGCCAUAUGUUGAAGCGAGAGAAGUUCUCAAUCAGACAGACUGUAACAGGCCAGAUGUUUUGCUUGGCUCAACCUGGUUUGCGCCCAGCAAUAAAUACCAUAAUGACCAAUUUUUUCAGACUGAUGAUGUAGCGGCACUUCUUGGUGGAGAUCAACCGUGAACAUUGAGCACUAGCAAGUGCUCCAUGAGUUGCAACUGCGACUGGGGAAAGGAUAGUGGCCUUGUUGGCUUUGACAUCAUUGAAAUUUGAUACUCCAGUAACCUUUAUGAUCCUUUUGUUAUCAUUCCUCAUAGGCUCCCUAAGAUUUUGUGACUUUCUUGGUGCCUCUGGAUAAUUACCUUCUGUUGUGCUCAUCUUAGGUGACUGACUAGACAUGAAACAUUGUCCUGCCAAUGCCAUUGCCAUUGCCAUGUUAUUCAAGUGUGGGUUUUGUUGUUGUUGUUCGAAA